GCCGAAGAGGAAAGGAGGCCGCCCGCCCCUCCCUCCUAUUAAAGCGGCGCAACAGAAGAGAGAGAAGAGAGAGAGGGGCACACGCCGAGAGUCCACACGUAAUCCCAUCCCUCCGUUCCCGCUUUUACCCCCUGUACUUGCCGCAUUUCACAGGCCAGGACGGACUGCUGGACCAGGGGAGUCCCACGGGCUACGGCGCCGAAUUAUUGCCCGUUUCGAGGCCUCCACCGCCAAAAGGGCCGUGCAGAGCUGCUACGCCCACACGCGCAGCCGCCGUGCCAACGCGUGCGCUCCGCUCCCCCUUCGCCUCGCCGCGUCGGGGCAGGGGGUGAGGCGUGGGGCUCUCUUGAGCGAUGAGGCCGCCGGAAGUGGCGCUCGCCGCGGCCUUGGUGGCGCUCGCGGCGGUGUUCGGUGGGGCGGCGGCGGCGUUCCCGGCGGCGCUGACGCUGGAGCGCGCGCUGCCGCACAGGGGGGUGCCGGCGGAGCACCUGAGGGAGCGGGACAGGGCAAGGCACAAAGGGAGGGGGCUGCUCGGGGGCGGGCCCGCGGUCGCCGGCGUCGUCGACUUCCCCGUCGAAGGCUCCGCCAACCCCUACAUGGUCGGGCUCUAUUUUACACGUGUAAAAUUGGGAAACCCUGCAAAGGAAUACUUUGUCCAAAUUGACACCGGCAGUGAUAUCUUGUGGGUUGCUUGCAGCCCUUGCACAGGUUGCCCGACAUCUAGUGGGCUCAAUAUCCAAUUGGAAUUCUUCAACCCUGAUUCUUCAUCAACAUCAUCCAGGAUACCAUGCUCAGAUGAUAGGUGUACAGCUGCCCUCCAGACAGGGGAAGCACUCUGCCAACCCUCGGACUCCCCAAGCAGUCCAUGCGGUUACACUUUCACGUAUGGUGAUGGAAGUGGCACGUCAGGAUACUAUGUGUCCGACACUAUGUAUUUCGACACUGUCAUGGGGAAUGAGCAGACUGCCAAUUCUUCUGCGUCCGUCGUUUUCGGAUGUAGCAACUCACAGUCAGGUGACCUGAUGAAGACAGAUAGGGCAGUUGAUGGAAUUUUUGGGUUUGGACAGCAUGAGCUGUCUGUCAUUUCACAACUGUACUCUCUUGGUGUAUCCCCUAAAACAUUCUCCCAUUGCCUGAAAGGUUCAGAUAAUGGUGGUGGUAUUCUUGUCCUUGGUGAAAUCGUUGAACCAGGAUUAGUAUUUACUCCACUUGUUCCAUCACAGCCUCAUUAUAACUUGUAUCUGGAAAGCAUUGCUGUUAGUGGUCAAAAGCUGCCCAUUGAUUCUUCCUUGUUUGCAACAUCAAAUACACAAGGAACAAUUGUGGAUUCAGGAACGACAUUAGUAUACCUUGUCGAUGGUGCCUAUGAUCCAUUUAUUAGCGCGAUAGCUGCCGCAGUCUCUCCAUCUGCACGCUCUGUUGUCAGCAAGGGGACACAAUGUUUUGUUACGAGCGGCAGUGUUGAUUCGUCAUUUCCUACGGCAACACUGUAUUUUAAAGGUGGUGUUGCAAUGACAGUGAAGCCAGAGAACUAUCUUCUGCAGCAGGCUACCAGUGAUAAUAAUGUAUUGUGGUGCAUUGGCUGGCAAAGGAGCCAGGGAAUCACUAUACUUGGAGAUCUUGUUUUGAAGGAAAAGAUAUUCGUGUAUGACUUGGGAAACAUGCGCAUGGGCUGGGCGGACUACGACUGUUCGUUGUCGGUCAACGUCACCUCCUCAUCGGGGAAGAACCAGUACGUGAACACGGGGCAGUUCGACGUGAACGGGUCACCGCGACACUAUAGCGGCCUGGUGCCUACCGGUGUCGCCGUCGCCCUUGUGCAUAUGCUCAUUUUUGGCGCCAUAUUUAGUAGAUAGCACACUGGCUGACUGACCUGACACUGAUUUCACCACACCCAUUCUUUACUUGGCGAACGGGGUCGAUGCCUGCGCCCCUUCCUUCCCAUGGCACGAGCAUUCUUGCUGUACAUAAAUUACAGGGAAAAAGAGAAGGAAGAAAAAAAGUUAAAAAAUGAUUUAUCGUUCA